AACACUGGAUGCUGUAUGAUCCUGUAGCUGCAGCCUUCCUGUUUACGGGCGGGAAGAGCGACCGACACAACGCUAGUGUUUUGUAUAUCAGCUUAUUAUUGGCUACGCGUCCGUGAAUGUCCAUCGGAAAACCCUCUACUUGCACUUAUAUGACAGGCGAAGCUGUGCGAAAAUCAAAUGGUAUUUUACCUGCACCAUUACUACUACACGUUGACGGGAUUUUAAGAGUGCCAAACAGAUGGAGGACCCCGCGGAUUCUGGCGGCGGCUCCGCGGCAGAGGGCCCCGUGGUGCAGGUGGCAGACAUCCGCUGGCCCAUCGGAGCUCUGCCUCUGCGUCUGCUAGAGUGGAAAGUCAAACCCAGGUCUCGCGUCAACGUGGACUCGGUGCUGGCCUUAUGUGCUCCGAUCUCCUCGGCGGUAGAGAGCGGUCUGAAGCCCCAGAAACAUGUCAACAGGCUCCCGGAGAAGAAGGUGAAGUCGGACCGCGCCGGAGUGAUCAGGGAGCUUUGCUGUCAGCUCGGGCAGGUCAUACCCCCUGGGGGUAUCAUCGUCCGAAUUGAAGAAUGCAGCCAUCCUGUAGCGAUGAAAGGACUUUGUGCUGAAUGUGGACUGGAUUUGACACAGCUCCAGGGCACUAAUGGGAAUCUGCAAGUGCCCUUCUCCACGGCAAAGGUCUCCAUGGUGCACAGCGUGCCUGAGUUGAUGGUCAGCUCAGAGCAAGCAGAGCAGCUGGGCCGAGAGGACCACACGAGGCUGCACCGCAACAGAAAGCUGGUGCUCAUGGUGGACCUGGACCAGACGCUGAUACACACCACAGAGCAGCACUGCCCACGCAUGUCCAACAAGGGGAUCUUCCACUUCCAGCUGGGUCGAGGCGACCCCAUGCUCCACACACGGCUGCGUCCGCACUGCAAGGAGUUCCUGGAGAAGAUAGCCAAGCUGUACGAGCUGCAUGUGUUCACGUUCGGAAGCCGUCCCUAUGCACAUACCAUUGCAGGUUUUUUGGACCCUGAAAAGAAACUCUUUUCCCACCGCAUCCUCUCCAGGGACGAAUGCAUCGAUCCUUUCUCCAAGACGGGGAAUCUAAGCAACCUCUUCCCGUGCGGGGACUCCAUGGUGUGCAUCAUCGACGACCGCGAGGACGUGUGGAAGUUUGCACCCAACCUCAUCACUGUGAAGAAGUACAUCUACUUCCAAGGCACCGGCGACAUCAACGCUCCCCCCGGCUCCCGCGAGGCCAAGAAGGCGAGCCGGCCUGCUGAGAGCCCUGAACCCACGGGGACAUCGGGGGCUGAGGAGCAGAACAACGGCUUCAAAAGGAGAGGGAGGGAGAACGCCAACGCCAACACCAACGUCAACAACGGAGGCAAGGAGGAGCCCAACGCACUUUCCUCCACUCAGGAAACCCCAGCGGAAACGCAAAGGACACACGCCACCGGGGAGGGGAAGGACGAACAGGAGCAGGACCCAGAGCCGGGGCAACAGGGGGAAUCGAGGCGGACGCAGGCGGAGGGUACAGGGAAGGGGACGGGUGUCGGCGCCCAGGGGGGAAGCGCCGGGACAACGGGCUCGGCGGAGGGGGACGGCCCCGAGCAGCCUUCCCCGGCGGAGGCCCCCGCAGGCAACAACCUGGACUUUGACCUGUCCAGCGACAGUGACGGCGAGUCCGUCACGGAGAAGCCCCCCAGCUCGACGGCGGAUCGCGUAGCCGGCGGCGACCCCAAGACGAGUCCGUCGGGGGUUCGCGAUCAGCAGGAGGCCGGCCCCACGCAGAACCCCGAGUGUGGGGACGGGCCGGAGGGAGACGGGGGUAAACAGAGGGAGGCAGGAGACGCCGUUAAAGGGAAGGUUGAAGUCGUUGUCGCCAGCGCUGCCGCCACCGCCGCAGAAGAAGAAGAAGAAAGUAAAGAGGCGGACGCAGUGGGGAACAGCACGACACCCGCGGCGGAGCCUCCUCCGGUGGGCCCCCCGGACACCGAGGACCUGGGCAACGGCUGCUCGGACAAGAGGGAGCCGGAGACGGAGUCCCAGAACAGCGAGCUCUCCGGGGUCACUGCCGGCGAGGAGCUGCUGGAGCAGAGCAUGGAAGAGGAGGAGGAGGAGGAGGAGGCGGACCCCGACCAGGACGACCACCUCAUCUACCUGGAGGAGGUGCUGCAGAGGAUCCACGCAGAGUACUACGCCCGCUACGAGGUCUACCAGAGGAAGGAGGCCCCGGAGAUGCCCGACGUCCGGCGGAUCGUGCCGGAGCUGAAGGGCAAGGUGCUGGAGGGGGCCACCAUCGUGUUCAGCGGCCUGUACCCCACCAACUACCCCAUGGAGAGGACUCGCGAGUACUACCACGCCAUGGUGCUCGGGGCCAAGAUCGGCCGGGGCCUGGUGCUCGACGCCGAGGACCCCUGUCGGACCACGCACCUCAUCGCAGCCAGAGCCGGCACUGAGAAAGUACGUCAGGCACUGGGCUGCAAACACCUCCACAUCACCAGUCCCGAUUGGCUGUGGUGUUGUCUGGAGCGCUGGGAGAAAGUCGAGGAGCAGCUGUACCCUUUGAAGGAGGAACACUCCAAGACCCCCCGGAGCAACAGCCCGGCCAUGCUGCCCGACCCCCAGGGGAUGUUCCAUCACCCCGUCUUCCACCCCGCCCACCUCCACCAAAGACCCCCGCCCCCGGCCCCCGAGGUGCGCAUCUACGACCCGGUGACGGGGAAGCUGAUCCGGCAGGGCCAGCACGGCCAGCGGCCGCCCCCCUACCUCCAGGCCCCGGGGUCCAUGUCGCAGCCGGACCACCGGAACACGGCCCCCCCCAGGGUUGGUCAGACGUCAGCGGCGUCCGAUGACGAGCAGCCCGGCCCGUCCAGAAGGAAGCGCGGGCCCAGCAUGUCUGACUCCAUGCCGCUCUACAUGCUCUGCAAGGAGGACCUGGACAGCAUGGACAAAGAGGUGGAUGACAUCCUAGGGGAGGAGAGCGACAACGAGAGUGAGGGGCAAGGCAAGGAGAGGCCAGGGGAGGAAGAGGUGGAGAAUGAUGAUGAUGAUGAAGAGGAUGAGGAUCAGCAGCAGCAGCAUCAGCAGCAGCAUCAUCAGCAGCUAGGAGCGGGGGCGAGCACGGGCGGAGAGCACACUGCUCCGUCACUGGCCGUCGCCAAGCACACGGGACUCCAGACCCCAGGCAAGGAGGCCUGUUUGACGAGUAGUGUACAAAGGGGUCACAAGCGCAAGCUGGACGAGGCCCAGGAGGAGGAGCGGGGUGAGGAUGAGGAGGACAGUAAGGAUGAGCAGGGCGGGGCCAGCGGCUCGCCCUCCAAACAGGAAGACCAACCCGUUGACCAGGACGCUGAUAACGAAGACGACGAGGAAGAGGAGGGCAGCAGCUCAGAAGCGGACGAGAUGGCCGCGGCCUUGGACCUCGAACUAAACGACUUCAUGUGACCCGGGGGCAGAGUCGGGACUGAAACGCCCCGAGGGGCGGAGUCGGGACUGAAACGCCCCGAGGGGCGGAGUCGGGACUGAAACGCCCCGAGGGGCGGAGUCGGGACUCAAACACCCCGAGGGGCGGAGUCGGGACUCAAACACCCCGAGGGGCCCCCUACAAACCCUUAAAUUUCCCAAAAAUCUAUUUUUUUUACGUAUUUCAUUCGCUUUUGUAAUGUGUGUGUGUGUGUGUGUGUGUGUGUGUGACGAACGGGCACUGCCGUAAGCAUUUGAUGCACUGUACAGAAGGUAGCUUGUGUGUUUCCGUGUAAAUAAGUACCUUCCAGAUGUUUGUUUUUUAUUGGGGUAGAUACGGCUGCUUUGAUGGGGUUGGAAAGUAAAAUUGACAUUUUAUUGUGACAUUUGAUACAUUUUGAUUUCACUUGAAUUAGCUUUUUACUAUUUCGUUUUUCUUUAUAUAAAUAUAUAUAAAUGAGUGAAAAGAUCAAUAAAAUGGGGUAAGAAAAAUA